CCCACGUGCAAAAUAUCCCAAUCAUUUUGACGACGUCAAGCCUUGACAACCGCUGUGACUUGUUUCUGCCAACCCACUGCCUCAUGCGACAGGCCGGCCUCGGAUAUUCUGGAUUUUUCCCUGGCCAUAUCUUCGAACGCGAUUUGAUCCAGUCUCGUUAAUGACUGCGGACACGCACCGGCGCACUGCUACUUACAUCUCAGGCGCGAUCAUCAUUUUGCUGGAAAAGCAGCCAUCUCGAAUGGAGGCCGCGCGACCUUCCCCGACUCCAUUUUUGGGACGCAAAAGGUAUCAUUGUGUGACCCUCGUCGUGAACGGGCCGCUGGCAGCCCUCCCUCGUGCAAUGCUGCAUCGCAUUCGUGCUCCCGCUGGUGGAACUGAUGCUCUCGAAGCCUAGGACGACGACGGAGGAACCAUCAUUGCUAAGGCUGGAAGCGGUCACAUGGCGGUGGUUCACUGCCCCCGAUAACUCAAACUAGCUUUGGGCUUCAAGUCUUUGGUCAUCGCAAGGAUUGGUGCGCCUGGAUUCUUACGUGCUGCGAUGAACAAUCGUGUGCGAAAUCUGCGAGCUUGGUUGUUUGGGCCGACUCUCCAGCGCCGGUGGUCACAUAGAAUCAAAGUUCCCAGGGUGUCGCAUUCGCUUUCUAGACCCAACAUGGAAGGGAGAUCAACAGUCGAUACGGAUCCCGUGAGUUCCUGACGAUCCUUGACACGACAAGAUGGCCUGGAAACAAACAUAGGACGGCGGCCUGCUCACCGCCACAGACGCGACCUGUCAGAAGUACAAGGUCAGUUCUUGUUCCAGAAGCGGAUAUCGCAAAUUCCGUUUCAUCAAGCGCGCUAUCAGAGCUCAGUCUAGUGUUUGGGAGGGAAAUAGGAGCGAUACUUUGCAGACGAGCUGCGUUUCGUCAGUGUUCAUUGAUCGCGCGCUUGAGGUGGAAGAUGCUAUAUAACGCAACCUGCCUGCACGAGGUCAAUCAGUCAGCCAAGGUUGCUCUGCUCCCUCAUUCUCCAUCUCCAGUCCCAUCCAGCUCUCCGAUGGACCAGUGGUACAGCAACCAGUGCUAUGUCGGACAGAGAGAUUGCCCGAUGAUGGGAAGCCCCGACUCCUCCGCAUCGACGUCUCUGGUAUCUACACCGAGCGGCUCGCCCUUGUCGAAGGCAUCGCAGGAACUGGGCGCGAAGGACACCAAGGAGGUGCUAAACUCGGUCCUUGGGGUCCGAAAGACGUGGAAGACUUUUCGAGAUGGAGAGACAGUGUGGCCGCCGGACCUUGAGCAAGCUUUGAUUGAAGGUCUCGAGCGCCACAAGCCGGAGGACUGCCGAGAAACACGCAUGCUCGGGCGAUUCCCGCGCCGCAACAAAUUCAUCGCGAACUACAUCUACGCAAAGACCGGGAAACGGCGGUCGGCGAAGCAGGUCGGGAGCCGCCUCCAGCAGAUGCGGGAGACUUGCUCCGAAGCGGGUCUGCUACACCUGCUAUCACCGUUCCGACACCCGGCGCCUCUCAACGUGCAUGACAGCGCGCAGAGUGCGCCCACAGCCGGCAGCUCGCCUCGUGCCAGCUAUGAAGAUCCCAAGUUUGGCUGUCGGCGCACAACCAUCCACAUCGCGCUUAUCCCUGACGAGGACAGGCACUCGCCGCUGCCCGUCUGUUCCCCUAUCCCAGAUGACGAACUGUCCUCUGGCGACGAGGUUCUGCAGUCAUCGCCCACGCCUCGCCGGCUGCGCGAUAUUGAUCCCAAGGUUGCUUUCUCAACCAAGACGCCCGUUUCGGCGAAAUCGUACUUCACGGUGUACUCGGCUGGAUUGGUCUUGUAUUCGGAAACCGUGCCGUUGGUGCUCAUGAAGGAGCAGUCUGUGAACAGCGACCGCUUCCUGUACAACACGGAUCUUGUUCCUGGAUACUGGAGGACCAUCCUUGAUAGCCCGGAUCCUACACGAUUUACGAUCACUCAGGAGGUCGUUCACAAAGACCGCAGUGCGGGGCCGGUCCUACCGGGCCGCCUUCCCCACACCUUACCCCAAACCGUCAUGCCGCUCCUCGACCCGCUCUCCACCAGCAUCACGACACUCACGAGCGCAGCGCUCAUCCCCGAUAUAAUCCCCGCGUUCGUCCCCAAGGCUGCGCUGACCGUGCUCCUGCCGUCCGGGGCGCUUUCCCUCGGCAGCGAGAUCCCGAUUUCCGAGACUGUGGCGCCCCCCAGCAUCGGCAUCGUCGCCGUUCCAGAAGACGCCGAGGUGGGUGCGGAUGGGCUGAUCGAGAGCCACGCGAAGUACACGUUGGUGAUGUUCGAUCCGGACGCGCCUAGUGCGGCCUCGCCCACCAGCAGGAACUUCCGGCACUGGGUGAUCACCGGGCUUGUGCCGUCGUCCGAUCCUCUAUCUCCCGCCGAACAGACGGCAGAGGCGGCGAACGCUUAUCGGCCACCUGGGCCGCCGAAGGGCAGUGGAUUGCAUCGAUACACCUUCGUGUUGUAUCGCGAACCACCCAGCUUCGUGCUACCGGAGGACGCGUCGGAGCUCGACCCGAGCAUCGAGGCGCGCCGGCGGUGGGACCCAGUCAAGUUUGGAAGCAUGAACGGGCUCCAGAUGGUCGCCGCUGCAUUCUACCUUGUGCGGAGUGAGGAUUGAAGGCGGGAGGUUCUCGGAUUCGAGCUGUAUUACAUGCUACUAGUCAUCGCACCUUCGUCAUGCCAUACACGUUGACUGCAUGACCCGUGUGACUCGCCUGGUUGGGAAUUUGGCAACGUAAAUAUACCCACCGUCUUAUCAGCCAACACACGACUCGGAUGGGCUUACAGCUUCCGGUCCAUCGAGCACUUAGGCUUUCCCGGGGCCGGGAUCUGCUAUAAAGGUAGCAUGCCGUAAGUUACAGCUCUCCCUUGCACCUGCCAUGUCUGCUACUCUCAUCCUCCUCAGUGCACUUUUGGGGUUUAGCGUAGCAGCCAUCCUCUUCCUCGUAUCUACUCUCCAAAGCAUACAACAAAACCGGACGGAUCCCGUGCAACUGCUCUCGGGCCCCGCGAGCCCGGGAUUUCUCAUGGGAAAUUCCAAGCAGUUAUCGCAAGACCCUCUCCUGUCUCAAAAAUGGGCCGAGAUGUACGGCAAGAUCUAUGUGUUUCGGGGGCUCCUGGGGGUCAGUACCACGGACUGUCAUCGAGCGGUCGACUUCUGCUGGACAAAAGUCGAGUUCUACAAGUGCUGACGGUGGAUGGCAGCGAUCUGAGUUAUACCUGGGCGACGCCACGGGCCUCAAAUAUGUCAUAGAGAACCUCCCGAAACCACCCUACGUUGUGCAGAUGUCCAGAAGUCUGGCAGGAAGCGGAGUGGUCGCGGUCGAGGGAGAGGAUCAUCGGCGGCAGCGCAAGAUCAUUGGCCAGGCCUUUGUCCCUACGCAGAUCCGCUUGAUAAACGACAUAUUCAUCCAGGUCGCAUAUGAACUGAAGGACCGUUGGAUUUCGGCGCUGGGAGACGACGGCUCGCGGAUAGAGGUGAUGCGCGGACUGCGGUAUGCUACCUUGGACAUCAUUGGAAAAUCCGGAUUCGGAUACGACAUGGCAGCCGGAGACUCCAAGUCAGAGCUCGGUGCUGUCUUCGCCGAAAUCUUCCAUGGCCCACAAGCUGAGCGCAGGAUAUUCUAUCGACUAGUCCGGGCUCGUGUGCCAACGUUGGACUGGCUGCCAAUCACCCCCGGCUCGUUGGCGAUCAAAAGAGCAAGAAAGAAAAUGGAAGAUAUCUGUGCCUCGAUACUCGCAAAAAGUCGAGCCGAGAGCGAGCUAGACGGCGGUGAUAAACGCGAUCUGCUAUCUAUCAUGUUAAAGGCGAAUGCGUCGGCUGAGACCAAGAAACGGCUGGACGAUUCAGAGCUCAUCGGCCAGAUUCCCACGUUCCUCGUUGCAGGGCACCACACGACGAGCACAGCCUUGGGCUGGGCUCUCUACGCGCUGUCGAUGCACCCUGAGAUCCAAAUGAAGCUGCGGACUGAGUUGCGGGGCAUGCCCGGCGAGCGUCCGACCAUGGACCAGCUGAAUAGUCUGCCGUAUCUCGACCUGUUCAUCCGGGAGGUUUUGCGGCUGUACUCACCUGUGGGAGCCGUGAAUCGGAUGAGCGUAGCCGAUUGCUCUAUCCCGCUUUCAGAGCCGUACACCGAUCGCUUUGGGGUGCGCCAUGAGAGUCUGCUAGUGCGGAAGGAUCAAGUCAUCCACAUCCCUAUCUUGGCUGCACACAUGGAUAAAGACAUUUGGGGCGACGAUGCUCAUGACUUUAGGCCCGAGCGGUGGACAGACCUCCCCCUGCGCGCGCGCAACAUGAUCACCGGAGUGUGGGGCAACUCACUCGCAUUCCUCGCCGGUCCGCGCGCCUGUCCCGCCUUCGCCUUCGCGGUCCUCGAACAGAAAGCGCUGCUCUUCGUUCUGGUCCGUGCGUUCGAGAUACGACCGGCGGUGGGUGCGGGUGGGAUUGGCCGCUUCACCACGGGCGGGCUUGCGGGCACGCUGUGUCAGCCCGGGGUGCUCGCGGAUCGGCGAGCGGGCGCGCAGCUGCCUCUGUUUCUCAGAAAAAUUCAGUAGCGCUGCAGGGAUGCCGUAGUCGUUUGCGUGUUACCGGAUGGGUUUCCGACACACCGAAUUUCUUUUGUCACGUGCCGUUUGAUGCGUUUCUCGAUGGCAUCACAGUGUUGCUGUAAGCAGCUGGACGACACCGCCACUUGGCAGCGCCGACUCGGAGUACUCAUCAUGACAUCCUCGUUCCUCUCGCUGUGGUUGGAUCUCAGCAGAUCUCAGCUAUCGCUCGGCGGUGUCAUCAGACGUCGCAUAAACAAAUGCAGCCAAGGUCGUUGAACGCCGUUGUGCUUGUGCCCGCCGGUACGGGGCGGGGAAUCCAGGUCAUAGAAUCCCUGCUCGAGGGCACGACGAGUCCCGCCGUCCCACAACGUACCGAGGGUGAGAGUGAGGGCGUCGCGUCAAACAGUGCAGACUCUCCCGCGUCAGUCGAAGCUAUUCGGCGGGCCCACGAACGAUGCGUCCCUCCUGCACUUGUGAGAUUCCGCACCCCGAAACAUCGUGUCGACCUCGUAGAUGUCUCCGGCCACCACGCAUUUGUCCGAAACCUCUUGACGGGCCGAAGCGCGGCGGAGGCCGCGAUUCUAGUCCAUGCAGCAGACUGUGCGUUGGAAGAAGCGUGCGCGGAGUUGGAGUUGGUCUUUGCGGUGGGUGUGCCGUGCGUGUUGGUGCUCCUAGAGGAUGCGCGAGAUACCUCCGUAGUAUCCGCGGUGCUCAGAUCUGCUGGCUUUGACGACGCUGCCUGUGCGUUCGCUCAGUAUGAUGAUGUGUCGCAAGCCGCAGCGGCCCUUGAAUCGCUCCUCUCCUCCAAUCUCGUCAACCCCCACAGCCGCCCCCUUCGUAUCCCGAUGCAAGACGUCUACAAGAUCGGCGGCAUCGGCAUCGUGCCCGUCGGGCGGGUGGAGAGCGGCACGCUCAAGCCCGGCAUGCGGCUCAAGUUUGCGCUGUCCGGAGUCGAGACGGAGAUGGCGCAGUUCGAGAUGCAUCACGGCGGAGCGACGACGGAAGGCGUUGUGGGCGACCAAGUGGGCUUCAGUCUCAGAGACAGCCUGCGCAUGUCGAGAGACGAUUUGCGGCGGGGUGAUGUGAUCUCUGACGCGACGCGGGACCCGGCCAGGCCCAUCCGGUUGUGCAUUGCCCAAGUGGUAGUGCUCAGUACGCCUCUGCAAGCGGGCACUGCUGUUCAGCUCCGGUGUCAUACUGCUGUAGUCGAAUGUACGAUCACCGAACUGAUCCACAAAAGAUCCCGGCGGACCAAUGUCGUGCAAGAACUCAAUCCCCAAGCUCUCAGAGAGGGCGACGUCGCGACAGUCAGGAUUGUCGCUCGCGAGUCCGUGUGUUUGGAGCUGUUCAGAGAGCAUCCUGCGUUGGGCAGGUUCCUGUUAAGAGCUGCUGAUGGCGAACAGCUACUUGCUAUUGGAAUUGUCACCGGCGAAUGCUGCUGAGGAAUCGCAUCUAUCAGGUCAUGGAUGCUCUAUCCAACCACUCGUGCAGUGUGUGCUUUGCCGUGCCCACGUAGACUGUGCGACCCAUCUAUGCACUCAUGUAUCUGAGUGAACGCGAAUGAUAGGUUCUUUGGGGAAUUACUCCGGUUCUGGUGCCUCGCCAUCAGCAGCCUUCUCGCAGUCCGAGGCUCAAGUCUGCAGAGUUGUAAGAAGCCUGCCCAAGACCGAUGCUGAUGCAAUUCAGGAUCCACAUGCGCAUCGUACGCAGGCCAGGGCCUAGAGUGCGUACAAAGGAAAUUCCUGAGCUACUGCCGGGUGCGGAUCUGCAGCGUCUACCGCGAGCGCGGAAAAGUGCGGCAAAGUGAAAGCAGAGAGGUAUCCGCCUGCGCAAGAGAUGAAUUGGAUCAGCGCAGUCGAUCGGCACACGUUGCAGAGAUUCGAUCUCGAGUGCUGUUCACAGCGCGGGGGGCGCAUCUCACGAUCCGCAGCUUAGAACGCGGGUAUUGACGACUGAGAAGAAACUUCUGUGACUGGAUCAGAGUGGUCUCCCCAACACAGGAACCCAGCCGCUUUAGUCAGUACAUCGCCUCGGGUGCUCUGCAGAAAGCAACAUAUACUGCAUGUAGAGGCGGAGGUCACCGGAUUUGAUGAUCGGAUGGGAACGAGAAUCGGCCAGACAUGCGGCUCGUCCUUUCUCCUGACUGGACACCGCACAGGAACAACCGCGAGAAGUCAGCGCUGAGCUGGCCUUGAUCGCCCUCAACACACGCUGAUCGCUGAAGCGAGGGCAGGCCGCACGAUAUCGGAGGAUCGCGG